AUGCCCGCCCGCGCCGUGGCCUUCCUCGCCACCGCGGCCCUUGCCCUGGCGGUUUCUCCGCCCGACCCCUGCUAUGAGGACGGCCGUCCGAGGCGCUGCAUCCCGGAUUUUGUCAAUGCUGCCUUCGGGAACCCCGUCGUGGCCUCCUCCAUCUGCGGCAGACGGGGCCCGGAACGACUUUGCGAUCCACCCGGUGAUCUGAACCCUGAGAACUCGUGCCGAGUAUGUGACGCGACGCGCAGUGAUCGGCGUCACCCACCUGCUCAUUUAACCGACCUGAACAACCCUCAUGACGUGACCUGCUGGAGAUCAGCGGCCCUCCCACCGGCCUCCUACGAUUCCCCUCCAGAUAACGUCUCCCUCACUCUCUCCCUGGGCAAGAAGUACGAGCUCACGUACGUGAGCUUACAAUUCUGUCCGAAGGCAGCGCGUCCCGACUCCGUAGCUAUAUACAAGAGCGCGGAUUACGGGGUCACUUGGCAACCUUUCCAAUUCUAUUCGAGCCAGUGUAGGCGAGUGUACGGGCGGCCGAAUAAAGCGACGGUGACCGCAGCGAAUGAGCAGGAGGCGAGGUGUUCUGACUCCCACAGGCUGGCCGGGGAGAGUUCUGGGGGUGCUAGACUCGCGUUUAGCACCCUUGAGGGACGUCCAAGCGCUGCCAACUUCGACAUAUCACCUGUUCUUCAAGACUGGGUCACGGCAACUGACGUGCGAGUCGUGUUCAACCGUCUCCACAUGGUGAACGAAGGUGAUGAGAUUGACAAUAAGUUGCAAGCGGCGCCUGGUUCGCAGCACUACGCCGUUUCGGAUUUCGCGGUCGGCGGUCGAUGCAAGUGCAACGGGCACGCGUCCAGGUGCAUUCCCGCGAAGGGCGAGGAGAGCCAGGGGGUCCAGCUAGCGUGCGACUGCAAGCACAACACCGCGGGAAGGGAUUGCGAGAGAUGCAAGCCGUUCCACUUCGACAGGCCCUGGGGACGAGCGACGGCGCGCGACGCGAACGAAUGCAAAGGUAGGAAACUUAAAAUAAAACUUAGGAUAUUUUAA